AUAAGAAUCAAAAACGAUUUAUAACCAUAAGAAAGCUGAUCAGUACUUCAUUCGGAAACGGGAAUGCAAUGUGGCAAGUUUUGAUUUUCCCUGCUUUUGCAGGUGCAAUCCUCAUACCGGAGGGCUGCCAAAACAUCCCAUUAUGUGGUCAGUUACCUUGGUCGGAGUGGGGCCUCUGUAGUCGUACCUGUGGAGGGGGAUCACAGACCAGGAAGAGAGAGGUGUGUGGUUUACAAGAAUGGAACGAAGAAGAUGUGGAGGACCAAUGUGGGAAACCACCUCGGCUGGAGUACAGAGUUUGUAAUACGAAUUGCUUCAAUGGUGGUAUAUUUGCCGAUGACAUCUGCAUCUGUUAUCAUGGAAAAACUGGGAGAUGCUGCGAAAAUGAAAUUACUUCAUUGGAGAAACUUGUUACAUCAAAGGAGAAAGCGUCUUCAUUUCUUCGAGAAGUUGGUAUACGAUCUAAGAGGGACCACCAUAUCGAUGAGGAGUGUAGUGAAUCGGGUUCCUGUGAUCACGAGGAGGUUGAAGAGUGGAUUAGUUAUAAGCAUGAUCCUAGAGACGUGUGCACAUGGAUGAAAGACAGGCGAUGUAAUGAAAGAAGCUGUGGAGCUGGCUAUCGCUGUAUAACGAUUAAUCGUGACUGUAGUCGGUAUAGCCAUUAUCAAGUGGGAUGUACAGACAUAGACGAAUGUGCCAGUAAUCCAUGUAAUCACGGAGGAACAUGCCAUAAUUACCAGAACAGAUUUUCCUGCACUUGUCCAGAUGAGUAUUACGGAACACGAUGUGAAUACACUUGUAGAAAGCCAGUGAACUGCCUGCAUCAAAAGUGUAAUACUUGGGAUGACUUCAUUUGUACCGAGUGUAUGAAUCAGGGAUCAGAUCGAAAACACUCAAUCUAUUACGUUUCCACAGAUAGGAAAAAAUGUGAAGCUACCUGUUCUUGGAAGCAAAACUGGUGUUGGCCGGGCACUUGCACCCAAAACCUUGCAAAGAAUUGCCAUUGUAGUAAUGGGUUUCACUUGUCAUCAAGAGACUCGCACAAAAUCUGUAAUCUAAAUAUUGCACCAGAUUUGGAAACCUGUCGACUGGGCGUACAAAAUAUUGGAGGCGAAGCACGUAAUUCUACGUCUACAGGACCAUGCCUCCAGGAGAAAUAUAAUUAUAUGAAGUUUCAACCAGAAUAUUCGUCAACCGUGUUUACAUUCGGAAGCACGAUAAAUGUUUCAUCCAAUGUUCCGGACCACAUUUCAGAAUAUCAAUUUGGUAUCGUUAACACAACGAUUUCAGUUUCAACGAGAAAUAUCAAUGGCCAUCAAAAGAACCAAAAGUAUUUAUAUCUAAAGCAGACAAACAGUUGUUCCAGAAAUAAUUUUACCGACACAAAUCCUAUAUCGACCAUUAUUACCUGUAAAAUGACUAUUGCAACACCAUGGAUUAUACAAGAUGGGGAACAGCUUUGUAUGGAGUUCACAGCAUAUGCUGGUGGAUACCUGAAAACGAAGGAUUUCCAUGGGAACCCUUCACUCCCACAUAUCUAUCGUACUACACAGUCGUCAUAUGAAGUGUGCAUGAGACGAGACUCAGCCGCACCGAAACACUGUUUAGAAGAUAAUUCUUGUACAAAGAACGAAGUUAUUCUCUUUGAAAAUCGAAUUACUAAUUCGGCAGACUUAAACAUAUCACUCAAUGGCUGGUUUGAUCCUUAUCGCUACACCCCUGAAGAAGCCUCUGGAAUUCAAAGUUACUCAAUUACAAUACAUGAUAUGAAAGAAGUAGAUAAAUCAACACUUUCGAUGGACGAAGGCAGUUUAUUAACUCUGAAUAUUUCAAGUGAAGUUGAUUCAAUUCAACUGCCUGAUAAACAACCCGCAUUGUACGGCGUUUCACUUAAUAUCCUUGAUAAUGCUGGUAACUUCAAACAAGCAAGACGAUUUGUGUUGUUUGAUAAUUCAUCAGAGAUUCAAAUCAAUGCAGAAAACAAACUUAUAGUAUAUACCGGAAACAAAGCAACAAACUUUACGUGGCAGACGAAUCAUGCCUACGGGAUGGGGAAACAUAUGAUGUCACCCUUAUUCCGAGAGAUGUAA